AUGUCGACUAAUAGUUUUUCAAGUUUUUGCUUAUUUCUAUUUGUUUUUCUUCUUUCUGCUCAAUUAACAUCAACACUUAAUUGUUUUGAAUGCAAUAAUUGUGAUAAUAUACCAUCAUGCACAUGUAAUACUCUAAUUCCUGUUGAUGCCAAAACUUCAUAUUGUAUUCUUCUACGAGAAAGUAUAUCAGAUACAGUCAAUAUUGAAAUCAAACAUAUUUCAAGAAAUGCUACAACAUAUUAUAUUUAUGAUCCAUAUUAUAUAUCAGUACAAGAAACGAUUUCCUUCGAUAAAGUACUUCAACGUUGGUACAGUAAAUCAAAUAAAAUCACUUAUGCAUGCCAAACAGAUGGCUGUAAUCGAGCUGAUUUAAUAAAACAAUUACCUUCAAGUGGUUUAUCAUUAAUGUUACCUAAUGAUUGGCUUGAUGAAAAUCUUCAACGUAAACCAGACAAAAUGACGACAUUGUGUCGGAACUGCGAUGGUGAAACAAUAUGUAAUAAUACAGCAAAUUUAAUAAAUAUAAAUAAAUGUAAUACACAAGAAUGUCAAGGCUCAUGUCUAAUGGGUGAAGUAUAUGAACAAGCUGAAACGACUCAAUUUUGCUAUGAUUCAUUUUGUUCAGACAAUACGACGAUUGGUCCAGUAAUGCAGUUACCACAGAUAGAAAUUACUGCUGUCUAUUAUAUAAAUAAAAAACAAUUAGAAGUCGUUGAAAUUGAUGUUAUAUGUAAUAAAGAUGAUUGUAGUCGAAUAGAAAUAUUCAGAGAUAUUAAAGAUAAAUUGCAAAAAGAUCUUAAUGGUAUUAAACCAUUUUUACCAUCGGAAUCAACGGACACAACUGAACCAACAAAAUCACCGAAUCAUGGUAAUGCCAUUUAUUCAACAUCAAUUAUAUUUCUAAUGAUAAUAUUGUUACAAACACUGAUUUUUUAUUGA